AAGAGGCGCUGCAGGCGGCCCGGCAGGUCGCGGCUGCUGCGAUGUCGGCGCUGGAGUGGUUCGCCCACAAGUCCCUGGGCGGAGGCAUCUACUGGAUCCAGGAGCGCUUCUACGAGUCGGGCAACAGGGCCAACAUCUGGCUGGUGCGCGGCUCGCAGCGGGACGUGGUGAUCGACACCGGCCUGGGGCUGCGCAGCCUCCCCGACUACCUGCGCUUGGCCGGGCUGCUGGGCGCCGAGGGCGACGAGAAGGCGCUGCUCCCUCCCGAGGGCGCCGCCGGGCGGCCCAGGCCGCUGCUGGCCGUGGCCACCCAUGUGCACUUCGACCACGCCGGCGGGCUGCACCAGUUCGACGAGGUGGCCGUGCACAGCGCCGAGGCCCGAGCGCUGCGCCGCGGCGACAACUACGAGACCGUCACUUGGCUCUCGGACAGCGAGGUCGUGCGCCAGCCCAGCCCGGGCUGGAGCGCCCGCCAGUUCCGCGUGCGGCCCGUGCAGCCCACGCUCGUCUUGCAGGAGGGGGAUGUGAUCCACCUUGGUGAUAGACAGCUCACUGUCAUGCAUAUGCCUGGCCAUUCAAGAGGAAGCAUUUGCUUACAUGACAGAGAACGGAAGAUAUUGUUCAGUGGGGAUGUUGUAUAUGACGGAUCAAUGAUUGACUGGCUUCCCUACAGCAGGAUAAAUGACUACGUUACAUCCUGCCAGCGACUGAUAGACUUAGUGAAUAGAGGUCUUGUAGAGAAAGUCCUUCCGGGGCAUUUUAACACAUUUGGAGCUGAACAGCUCUAUCGUUUGGCUUCCAACUACAUUUCUAACGCUGGUGUGUGCCACAAAGUUUCUACAUGUGCAGUCAGAUCGAUUGCAAGCCUAGCACUCCGGGCCACAAAUUCCAGAACAACUUCAUAGUAUAACUUGUUUAAUAAUAGUAUUAUUAUUGUAAAACCCAAUGGCAUAUGUAAGUUUAUUUAAAGGAAAAGCUGGCUGAUAAGCCAUAAAGAUUCUUAUUUUUAUCUACUUAAUUUCUACUUUAAAAAAAUACCAAUAUAAACUAGUAGCUGUGCCAAAGCUACUCAUUUUCCUUCUAUUUUUUCAAGGCAGGUUUGCACAUACGUUGAGUACUGUUUGACAGAUGUUCUAAAUUUGUUGUUUUGUAUUUUGAAACAUAUAUAUGCUAAAUGAAAAGUUUUGCACCCGUGUCAAACUUUAUUGAUGACAUCUUGAGUUAGGGUAGGGAUAUGUGUUGAAAGUAGAUUUUAAAUGGUUGAAAAUUAUUAUAAGCUGUAGUGGGGGUAGGUUGGUCUUAUAACAUUCCACUGUCUCAUUACAUGCACUAAGAUAAAAGUAUCAAUAAUUUCAUUUUUAUUGUAUGGGGUGAAUUUAACCUGAAGUUAUUACCAAAUGUUAAUAUAAAGCACUGCACCCUAAGUUGUUACUUUUCUUGAAUUAAGUGUGUUGCAUUUGACUAUUGUUUCUAAAAUGAAAUGUAAGUGAAUAUUUCAAGUAUAUUGCUUGCUCUUUAAAUGUGACUAAUGGUGUAUGUAUGAGUACGUAACUGUUAAAAGAUUCCGUCGGAUAAUUUUAAAUAUAAUGCACACACCCGUGAUCAUCCUUGGUUUCUUCUGUAUAGCAGCUGUAGAAACACUUGUGUGUUGCAAAUUGUUUUAUGGACUGUAGAGAAUAAAUUGGGUCUCAGGAGAGAGUAAAUUGAAAUUUUGGGGGAGAUAGCUGCCAAAAAGCUACAGCUCUUGAGUCAUAUGUGGUUCUUUUCACAUUACAGGUGUAGUUACGAUUUCAAGUAGUAGCUUUGCAACCUACAAAUGUCAUUCUUCUUCUUUUGUUUCUUUUUCCAUUUUCCGUAAUGUUUACUUUCAAGCAACUUGACAAAAAUUCCUUGUCUGUUGUUUGUACUUUUCCAGUAUAAAAAUCCUGUGCAGCCCUCUGGGGUGUUACCAAUUUAUUGUGCGAAGACAGGUUUUUAUCUUGUAACUAUGACACUGAAAUGAAAUCGAUAGUUUGAGAUAUAUUAGGAAGGAUAUUAACAGUGGCCCUUGUCUUGUGAGAACAGUGAACAGCUUUGGGUUGUGGCUGUCACACAAAAUUAAUUUUUAUCCUUUUGCAACUUUAUUGCAUCAUAUUUCCCAUACAUCAAAGAGUACUGCACAUACAGAGCUUGACCCCAGUGUAAUCAGCACUUUAGCCCUCAAGGGUGGAUAGGUGGAUGUAGUUAAUUCUUUAAAUGUUAACAGUGCCUAUUUCCUGUUGUAGACUAAAGCACAACAGUAAACAGGAAGAUCAGACUUGCUGGUGAAUGACCACUUAGAAAUGAGGUUAGCAAUUUCUUUUAGCCCUUAUCUUGUUUGAAGCUUUCACCAAACUAAUGGAGAAAGAUAUAAUGUUUCAGACUGCUUCACUUUGGCUAUUGGCUUUGGAAAUACCAUUUAUUAACAGCCAAAGCCACUAAUUUGAUACCUUUUAAUGCUAGGGAGAAAAGGCACCCAUGAGCUUGCAACUUUACAAGAUAUUAAUCUAAAAAUUAGCAAAUACAAAACUCAUCAGGUUGAAGGCUAGUGCAGAUAUAAUGGAGAGGCCCUCUUGACUGUGGUCAAGCAAUUAGGAAUGGGUUGCCGGAUCAUUCACUCCUACUUGUAGUGGUGCCAACUCCAGUCCCCACCAAACUUUUGCUGUGGGUGCCUGGCCACCACCCACUGCCAGUCGCCACCUUACCUUUGGUGCUCCAGUGCUGUGGGGUGGUGACAUCAUGUCACACCCUGACAUCACGGUGUUGUGGUGUGCGUGCUGGCCAUCCACAGUCUGGGGCCCAAGUUGAUGCUGCCGCCUACCCAUUUCCUUCUCAAGUGAAUUCCCUCCUGUUUUAACUGCUGCUAAGUAUUGUGUCAACGGCAAUAUUUAAGCACAGUUAAGGCUAACCUGGUUCCUACUUCAAUUUGCAGCCAACUUGAGACUGGUACCUUGUUCAUUUUGUAGAAAUGUGCACCUUUUGGAAUCAACUGCUACAAAAUCAUUCUGUUCUACUGGAAUACUGCUGAGGUGCUAGUGAUUUUGAGGCUUUAAUGGUGAUGUUUUUCCCAAAGUUAAAGCAAACUGCCUAAAGCCUCUAUUCCUUCUUUCCUACCCACCUUCUCAGUGUCUUGAAAGUUCUUUUCCAAACGCCUUACUGUGAGUGGCACAUACUAGACAGCUCACUGUGGGAAGAAUUUAGCUAAGGAAUACUGUGAUUGCCAAAGGUUAGACUACUCUUAAGAACUGAUCUGCGUUUCUGCUCUUGGAACAGUUGUGUUGGUACAUUUUUGUUCUAUAAGAUGGGACAUUUCUGUUCUAUUUCAGUGCUCACAAAGCCAGAUUAUCUUCUGAAGUCUUAAGUAGUUCUCGGGAAAUGUAGUCAAAUAGGAAUCAGGCUGUGAAACUCUCCCCAAGCAUGUGUUUACUCAAAAGCAAGUUCCACUCAGUUCAUUGAGUCUUUAUUCUUCGUAAGCCUGAGUCAGAGCUUUAACUUAGAACAGAGGUGGCUAACCUGUGGCCCUCCAUAUAUUGCUGAACUACAACUUCCAUCAUCCCUAAUUAUUGGCCAAGCUGAAUGAGGCUGCUGGGAGCUGGAGUUUAACGUCAUCUGGGGGACCACAGGCUAGUCUUCGCUGACUUAGAAGUAAGUUGCACUUGGCUUUGGUUAGUAAAGUACAACCUUAGAGUGAAAAUAUAUAAUCCUAUCUUUUGUCUUAAUUAUUUUUAUAUUCUAAGACCUUGUGUAUUUCUGAAUGAGUUUAUUGAAAGACCUUUAUCAUUAAUUAUUGUAAUGCCUUUAAAAACAACAAAAUAUAUGUGUUCACUUUAAAUAUUACAGAGUAUGAUACAUUUACUAUUGCUUUAUUUGUAAACAUUCUCUUGACAUCCCCUCUGGAUUCAGUAUUUACAAAGGCUUAAAAUGCAAUUCUGUUCAACAAUGUUCUUGGGGUUAAGGCAAUGAUAUGUUGUUGAUUCAACUGUUUUUACUUAAGCAAGUCAUGGAUUGUGCUGUAAAAUGCAAUUUAAAAGCAUUUUAAAAAGUUGUAAUGCAUUGUUCUGUCUACUGAUGAAACUUUACUAAUGUGCCACUGUUUUCAAGGGGAAAUUGUAUAUUAUUUUAUCAUAGAUAUUGAUAAUAAAAGAAUUAUGACACAAAA